AUGGAUCAGGGCCGUUCAACAGGUGCCCUGCAGCCAGAUGGGCUGAGAGAGAGAAAUGUAUCGCGCCUUGAUUCAACUGGAGGUCGCGAUGCUUUAGCUUCUCAUGCUGAACUGGAGAUCAAGGAUGCGGAUGGCAAGGACAAGAAGACCUUUGGCCGCACCCCAGAUGGAACUGUAUUCACCGUGCCCCAAACCCAUGAUAUGGUCUCACAGCUUCUUUCUCCGUCCGAACCGAAGAAUCUGUCUGAUGUGGUGGUUCUCGCUCUGCUUGCAGGCCACAUUUGGUUGCUCUGGGCUCUACCGGCCGGUGCCAAAAUCCCGGUCUUCGCUGUUGUGUACCUGUUCUGGCGCGCGGGUUACAAUGCGGGGAUUGGAUGGCUUCUGCACAACCAGUCGCAUCACAAGACUAUGAUUCGAUGGGCGGAGAAGACAAAGAUUUUUGUCAAUCCGGCUACUGGUGACAACCCGCAUCCCAUGCUGUACAAUUGGAUCAAGCGGGAAAUGGAGACCAAGAUCCCUCACGACUAUUCUUUCGAAACAGCACCUAUUGAAUACAACACCUGGCUUGUCUUCCGCCGCCUAGUGGAUGUGAUCCUGAUGUGUGACUUCACUUCCUACUGUCUAUUUGCGAUAGCUUGCGGUCACCGUCCCAUCGGCGAGAGCGUGAUUAUGACUGCCCUUCGGUGGGUGGCAGGCAUUGUGCUCGUGCUAUUCAACCUCUGGGUCAAACUAGAUGCCCAUCGAGUAGUCAAGGAUUAUGCCUGGUACUGGGGUGAUUUCUUUUACCUCAUUGACCAAGAGCUAACCUUCGACGGGGUAUUCGAGAUGGCUCCGCAUCCAAUGUACUCGGUCGGAUAUGCCGGCUACUACGGUAUCUCUCUGAUGGCCGCGAGCUACAAGGUGUUGUUCAUCUCUAUUAUUGCUCAUGCAGCCCAAUUCGCUUUUCUGGUCUGGGUUGAAAAUCCACACAUUGAAAAGACUUAUAACCCGCCACCACCUCGCAAGCGUUCGGUCAUUGCGGAUUCUACGACCAGCCUGCCUACAUUCCCAGACUCUCCAUCAGCGACAAUUCCGACUGCAACAACUCCGCUCGCGACAACUCCGAAUGCACCAACACCGUCUGAGGAAAUGCCCCCCAAUGCGCCUUCAUCGUACUCGGCCAAGCCACCACCUUCGGUCCACAACCUGUUAGGCAACUUGGAUCUCUUUAGAACCACGGAUUCCUCGAUAAUUCUUGUCCAGGUGCUUGUAUUUGCAGUGACGGCUCUGAGCCCCUCGACGCCAUGGUACCAAUUCUUCUUCGUGGUCAAUGCUCUUGUCUGGCGUGUGUGGUAUUCUGUAGGCAUCGGUCUUCUUCUGAACAACCAAUCUAGGGACAAAGCGUGGACGAGGCACUUCCUCAAAUUCGGUGAGACGCCACAGGAGGCUUGGAACCAGUGGAAGGGCACAUAUCACCUCAGUAUGAUUAUGUGCUACGCCAGUUUUAUUGCUGCCGUGUGGAAGAUGUACACUUUCCCAAGCGACUGGAACUACGGUCUGGUGCUCUUCCGUCACAUCCUCGGGGCUGGUUUGAUCAGCCUUCAACUCUGGACCUCAAUCAGCAUUUACGACUCUCUCGGAGAGUUUGGUUGGUUCUUCGGCGAUUUCUUCUUUGAUGAAUCACCCAAGUUAACCUACAACGGUAUUUACCGCUUCCUCAACAACCCUGAGCGUGUGCUGGGUCUGGCUGGCGUGUGGGGUGCGGUCCUCAUCACAAGCAGUGGAAGUAUCACCUUCCUGGCUCUUGUGAGCCACAUUUUGAGCCUGGGCUUUAUUCAAUUCGUCGAACGGCCUCAUAUGCAGAAGCUUUAUGGCCGAAGCUUGCGCCAGGAUGGUGGUGUAGUCAAGAACCUGAAGAAAUCUCUUCCUCCGUCACUCAAGCAGCUGCAUGGUAGUGUGGACAAGAUAUUUGACGACUCUUUCGAAUUCAUUGAGGAUCUUCUCGACAACGCCCGCCCAAAGCUCGCCGCUGGAGUCAACACAUUUGUCAAAGAUACCAGCGCCCUCUUCCAAAAAUACCCCGCUCGCAUCACCAUUUCUCGCAUUGACGCGGAUCUUGCUGGAUACGAUGUCCGGGACUACUCAUUGUCGGUGGAGGGAACGGACGCCAAAUCUCCAGACGCUACCGAGCAAGACAAAGGCCGCGAGGGAGCCAAUGCGCGCAUGCCUCUAGACCGCCGAGGUGAUCUCCAGAACUUGACUUUCGAAUAUGGUGCCCCAAUCAAGGUUAAGUGGACGGCGCCGCUUAACCACAGCAAGAAGGACUGGAUUGGCCUCUACCGCGUUACGGACAACACUUCCCGAGAGGUUACUCGUGUUUCGUCGCAAGGCCGUUGGAUCGCGACCAACGAGGGCUCCUACGAUAACCUGACCUGUGAAAAGGGCAUCCUCACGAGCGAUGUGGUCAUCAAGUCUUCCGACCAGGGUCGUGAAGGGCAUGAGCUUGCGUCCGGAGAGGUCCUCUUCACGGGCGACAAGCUCUUCUGGACGCAGGGUGCCUUUGAAUUGCGCUACCACCACAAUGGCGUACACAACGUGAUGGCUAUUUCUCGACCGUUUGAGAUACGCAUUCCUCACUAUGAUGAGGUCGACACCUUUGAAGCGAAUGGAAUUGUGCAAAGCGCUGUUGAAAAGGCUCUCCUUCCCGUCGUUCGCAACUGCUUCGAUCGUGACCCCGAAGUUGCACCCGAGACCGUUGAGGAGCAGUUCGGGGGCCUCGUCGAGCGAGAUGGCAAAUUUGCCAAACGGGUUGUGUUUGCUGUUCAACAGAUGUUUGGUGUCGAGUUAGCACCCGAGGUUGUCAAGGCCGAUGGCAAUGUCUUGAAUCUGGCCUGGCGGAUAUGUAACGCCAAGAAGGUUCUUGCUCCUUACAGCAUGUCCCGAUCCAAUGGCAGGUCGACACCAGUCGAUGUCAAGGAGCAAAUUUCCCCUAGAUCCUCCCCUUAA